AAGCAACCUUCUGCAUUUUCGCUAGUGUCACGCUGCUAAGAUGGCGGUGACUUUGAGAAACGGGUGUAGUGGAUUUCUCCGAACCUGUUGGAGAAUAGGGUCACAUAAUUUGCAACUCUCUUUUGACAAACCCUUAGGAUGUUUGUUACCUGCCUUCGUUCGUCAACAUAGCUCUCAGAACCUGAAGUACCCACCCAGCUAUGUUCCAGAGACUUCAUUAUCUAGACCUCCAUGGCCAGAGGUGACACUUAUAGAUCCUGAGGAAGAGGCAAAGCAGCAUCAAGCUGUGGUUGGAAAGGUUAACACACUCCUAGAAAAAGGGGAUUAUGGGAGGCUGUUUGCUGUUGUUCACUUUGCAAGCCGACAGUGGAAAGUGACAAACGAGGAUCUGAUCCUCAUCGAGAAUCACAUAGAUGCAGAGUGCGGUGACAGGAUACGAAUGGAGAAGGUGCUGCUGCUCGGUGGAGAAAACUUCACUCUCAUUGGACGACCACUACUCGGGUGUGAUGUGGUCAGGGUUGAGGCAACCGUCAUCGAAAAGACUGAGUCUUGGCCUAUGGUUCACAUGAGGUUUUGGAAAAGACACAGAUACCAGAGGAAAAGAAUUAUCAUCCAGCCCCAGACAGUUCUUCGGAUAAAUUCCAUUCAAGUAGCGCCGAGAUUGAGUUGAUUCCACUCUGUAAAUAAACGAAUGUGUUUCUGUAAUCAUAUCCUUUGAUUUGUGGCUAACUAUUUGGCUGUGUAAGUAAACUUUGCAAAAACAUUUA